AUGAACAUCUUCAAGAAGAAGACUACUCCCAAAGAUGCUCUUCGUACUAGUAAGAGAGAAAUGGCUGUGGCUACACGAGGUAUCGAACGCGAGAUUUCAUCUCUUCAGCUCGAGGAAAAGAGACUUGUUGCUGAAAUCAAGAAAACAGCUAAGACUGGAAAUGAGGCGGCCACAAAGAUAUUAGCUCGUCAGCUUGUUCGAUUGAGGCAACAGAUUACCAACUUACAGGGAAGCCGUGCUCAAAUUAGGGGUGUAACGACUCAUACACAGGCUCUGUAUGCAAGCACUUCGAUUUCAUCAGGCAUGAAAGGUGCAACGAAAGCUAUGGUUGCUAUGAACAAGGUAAUCUAUGUGUACAGAUUUGUUGGCUCAAUAUUCUCAUGGCUUUGUGGUUAUUUGUUGUUGUGUUUGCAGAUAGAAAUGAUGUCCGAUGCAAUCGAUGAAACACUGGACAAAGAUGAGGCUGAAGAAGAAACGGAAGAUCUCACUAACCAAGUUCUUGAUGAGAUUGGUGUUGGCGUCGCAUCUCAGUUAUCUUCAGCUCCAAAAGGUCGGAUUGCUACCAAAACCGCAGCACCUCCUGCUUCCACUACAACAAACAACAACUCUGAAUCAAGUGAAGUGGAUGAGCUUGAGAAGAGGUUGGCUUCGCUGCGACGAAUCUGA